AGAACUGUAAAAUAACCAGGAUCCUGGAAAAAUAAAGAUUAUUCAUAAUAAGUCAAGCAUUUACAUUAGACUACAUCUACCAUGACUCUGAGGUGUUUCAUUAGCUUGUUCUUGAUCAAGAAUCUGAUCUGUAUUCAGACUGACAACAUCUCUUAUUUGUACUGGCUGUAAACUGAUUGGGAACCCCUUCAAGAUCAUAUAAAGGGCAUUUUCAUUAGACUAAUCAACUGCACCUGGUUGCGUUAAUCCAGCCUUUGGGCAAGAGAAGAUUACUGAGUACUCUUUUGAUGCUGAGAGACAUCACUCUGGUGAAUAAUUCAUAGUCUCCCAUGAACUGCUGCAGGUGCUCUUGCACUUGAAGAAAUCAAAGCAGAGCUGGGGGAAAAAGUGCAUGCUGAAUUGGGAUCAUUAUUUAACUCUGAAAAAUAGAAUUAUGCAAAACAGCUUUAUCAUUUUGGAAACUUAAAAGGGAGGAGAGCUAAAACUAUUCAAAGCAUUCGUGGAGAAAGUCUUCAAGGAAUUGAAUGCUUGCUUACGCUGAUCUUGAGAUGGGAUAAGACUGAACAGCUUAAUAAGAUUUUUAAUGCCAUUUUCUUUGGCUUUGUAGAUUGUGUUUCUUCCUAAUUGGCAUUAGUCAUCCAAGGUCACAUUCAGUCCUUUUAGGUGACUGUGCAGUAGUAUUUUGCCUUGGAACUCACAACUGCAUUUGUCUUUGGAAUUUCAGACCCCAAAGAAAGUUUAGAAAUAAAAUAAAAUAAGCCAAUUUGUAAAAUGCAGUGCAUAACAGGAAUUGUCCUGUUCCAAGCGCAACAAACUAGCUGUGGGCUACUUAUCCUAAUUAGCUUAAAUCCUUCUUUCUGGUUGACAUCUGCUAAGGCAGAAGCAAGAGACAUAAGCACUCUUAAUCUCCUAGCUCAACUGAAAAUGCCACAGAUAUUUUUCAUAAGAGAAAUUAUUCAAGGGGAGAAUACACUGACCAAGCUGGGACUGGAAGUUUCUUAAUAAGCAGGCAAUCUGCAAAGCAGUGAUUCUUCAAGAUGCUUUCCUCAAAAAAUGCCAGCUCCCACCAUCAGCUAAACUUGUGAGUUUUCAUUCUUUUUUCAUCUUUGCUUAAUUUAUUGGCUAUCUAUCAGUAGUAAAGAAGCUUAGGAAGACAGAGCACGAUGGGUUGUACUCCUUCACGUAGUGAUAUUGUUAAGAAUCCUGAAACAAAGUUGAUGGAUAAAAGAAUUACAUUAGUUGACCAAGGAGGUGAAGGGUUUUCAUUUCCUUUGCUGAUCAAAGGCUCAUCUUCUUAUGAUACUGAAGGAAUAAGACAGGAGGAGGCUCAGUUUAAAGUUCACUUCUUCAAAAAUUUAUCAAAUGAAGAGAAGGAUGUUAAUUUCUAUUCCUCAUCUGAGGAUCCUUUGCUAUCUGAGCUGGACCAGGAAGAAAAAGAAAUUGAAAAAAUAGUCUCAGAUACUGAGAUAGCCAUUUCUGAAUCGAUGAAGUUAAACAAAGACAAACAUAUGGCAGAAGCAAUUAUGAUUAAAAAGCAAAAAAGUUGUGAAUCAGAAAAGGCUGAUGCUACCAUGGGAGAUAAAAGUGAAAGUAACAAAAAUCAAAAACCCAAAAAUGGGAAGAAGCAAAGGAACAGGCAGGGAAAACCAGGGCGUCCUUGCAAAAUUAAAGAGAAAUCCAGUCCUUCUGUAGGUCAGCCUGAGAAAAAGGUAGAUUUCCCAGAUGCUCUUGUUAAGGCCCAUCAAAACGCAUAUGCAUAUCUCAAUCCUAAUAUUGCCAAAUAUGAGGCUAUGUUAUGCAUGACAGAUCAGGUUACUGAGACACAACUAAUUGUGCAACAGUUGGUGAACUUUUUGCUUACUCGUUUUGAUGGAAUCAAUCACCUUUUAGAAGAAAUUACUGAAGAUGGAGAAGAUCUGCUCAAAGAAGUGGGAGAAAACCUGGUUUGGCCAGCUGGCAAAGAAAAUCCAAAAGAGCAGCCAGAUCUUUUGCAACAAUUACUACAAUACACUGUCAACAAAAUGCAGUUGUUAAAUGGAACUGUGGCCUCUUUAGCCUCUGAGGUCCUGCAGGAGUCUUGCAACUUUUUGCAGUCUGCAAGUACCAGCUUAGAAGAAAAAAUGAAAGCAAAGCAACAUCUUGAUGAACGCUUGGUCAGGAUAAUAAAGAAUCUUGAAGAAUCUGCAGUUGGAUUUUCCCAUCAUUACCUUGAUGAUAUGACUCUUUAUUCUGAAGACAGUGGAAUAGGCAUUGACAAUGAAUCAGUGAAAGAUCUGAAUAUUAUUGAUAGGCAUGGAAUGGAAAUAAAUUGUGAGACCAUUCAUAAAUGUCCUUGCAACUCCAGGGAUGGUAUAAGCAUGUCCCACGACUGUGUGUUGGAAAAACAGUUGAAGAAUAUAUCUUACUCACCUCCACAGACAAGGAAUGUAAUAUCAUCAUCUGAGGUAGUAUCAAAAAGUAGAUCCGCUUUUCUCCAACAUCAAAAUAUCUUGAAAACCUUUAACUCUGGGCACUGUAAUGUAACCCAGGAAAGUAAUAGCUUCAAACAGAAUGAAUUGGGUAGCAUUUCCUCCACAAAUGAAGACAGUAGUGCCAACAGUUUAACUGAGGAAGAAUGUGACUCUAUAAGUCUGUCUGAAAAAGAAAAAAAUGCUUUAUCUAAAAGAUCUAUAUCUUUUCCUGCAGCAAGAGAGAAUAGACAGAAGUCUUCUACCAAACAAAUAGAUAGCGCAGAUAAUGAGAUAAUUCUCAAAAUGAAAGACGCCAUUAGUGAAAAGAUAAAAUUUGUUCCAGCUAAAUGUCAGCAAAGGGCAUGGAUGGAAGAUGAAAAUGGAAAAGAAUUUCCAAGACCUAGUACAGCUUCUGGGGGCCAGAAGACACAGGUUAAACAGAAACGGUCUAGGUCUGAGGUGUCUCUCAGAAGUCAUGCUGAGGACCCAACUCUUUUGGAACUUCAAAGAACUCAAAAAGAUCUUGACAGAAGGCUAGAAUUAUUUUAUCAAUUAAACGGAAAAGAGGAAAUCAAUGAUACAUUGGAAAUAUUGAAUCCAAAAGAAUUGUCUGAUCUAGAAUAUUUUGAGCACGUUACUCACAGAACUUCCACUAAUAAACUGAAAGCGUCUCUUGCUAAAAAUUUCAAUAUACUGCCUGAUCCUUCAUGUAGAUACAAUGAAGACGUAAAAUGUAAAAAAUCGAUCACAACUGGCAUGUCUUCAAAAGAUUUGACAGCUAAAAAAGAAAAUUCUUCUGGGACCCCCAAACCAAACACUCCAUAUAAAUCUGUGAAAAAGUUAAUUGAAACAUUUAGCCCAUCUGAAAAUCUGGUGAAACCCUCAAGCUUAAGAACAUUGGGCCCAAUAAAAUGUGUCAGAAAGUUUGGACUUCAAAGCAUUUCUCCCAAUCUUCUACUUCCCAAAGGAUUUGUGCCCUUAAAUCACAAAUAUAAAGUUUCACCAUUAGAAGAUACCAGUUGCAAAAACAUCAGAACUAGACAUUGUACUCUUAGUGAUAAUAGUUCAAUGGAACUUGCAAACGGCCAUGAUACAAAUGAGGAUUCUAGUGAGAUUGAUAUAGAAAGCCUACCUCCUCCACCACCUGAAAUGUUAAUGGAAAUUUUACAUGAAUCAACUGAAUCUUCAGGAGAUAUAAAAAUGGAAGAAAGUUAUUUGGAAGUAGCUGAUAAGACUGCCAGAGCAGAUGAACAGUCCACCACCAAGAAAAUUACACAGAUUUCUCCACGGAUGAAACUUUCCCUCUGUUCACUUGACUUGUUACCAAAUAAGAAUCUCAGCAAUUCCUCAGCUGUCAACAAAGCACCAAAUAAUGGGGUAGAUACCAUACCAAAUAAAUAUUUCUUGGAGUUGAAUGCAACUCAUAUGUCUGAUUGCCGCAAAAGGGAAGAUGAAAUGGAAAAAGUUGCAGAUCUAUAUAAACAGUCUCAUAAAAUAAUACCUCUUACAAAUCCUAAAGAGACAUCAGAACCAAACUGGAGCAAACUGGGAAACAUGAGUAACAGUGAAGCUCCUUUACCUGAAAAGCAAAAUUCUCCUGAUUUAUUAAAGAAAAAUGAGAAAACAUCAAGUUUUAUCAGCCGAGUAUCACCAGUAAGAAAACCACCUUCCUCACCUCCCAAUCAGAAGAGAUUUCCAAGUCCACCACUUAAUUACAGAGCUAUUCAUCAAGUUUCUACUCCCAUUCUACAUCAGCAACCUAGUCUCUCAACUCACUCCAGGUCAACAAGUCCCCCAGUACAGAGGAAAGUGAUUUCCCCACUUCCUCAGCAAAAUCUCUCUAAUCCUCCAGUGAUACGCAAACAACAAAGCUCCCAGAAUCAAAAGGUGUCCAAUCUACCAUGCCAUGAUCAAGAAGCAAGCCCACCUCCUUUUGCAACUACUCCUUCUCCAUCCAUUUCCCCAUCUCAGUUUCAUAGAUGUUUACAAAACAAUAUGGAUUCCAAGGAAGAGCCACAUUCUGCCUCCCCAAAGAUUGUUAGCAAUGCUCACUCAAUAUUUUGCCUAGCUACUUCUUCUUUAUUUGAAGCCAAGCCAGUGGUGUCAUCAAACAUCAACCCAAUGGGAGAGGCUAUGGCCCAGCCUGAAGUCGCAACUUCUGUAAGGAGAAAUAGCAUGCAACUCAGGCAACUUGUGGAUCAACAGAGGACGAUCAACAGUGCCGCUAGUCCUCAGCCUUGCCUCAGAAGGAGCUUCUCUGACCACAGGCCUGGAUUCCAGCUUCCACUGCCAGUUUUUGUUACAGCAGAGAGCGACCCUGUGCUUAACCGAGCAAGGCUUUAUUUUUUUAUAUUUUUUGCAGCAUGGAAAAUGGCCUUUUAAAGGAAGGAAAUUCUUGGAAAAGCAAAUAUUUCUCUGAGGGAAAAGAAAUAGGCAAGUCAUUUUCUUAUCCUGAACUCUACAUUGUGGGCCAAGGACUCCAGAAGGCCUAAGUAGAAGUAGUAAGAUUGGAAGAAGUCAAAGUCCAGACUGAGGAUAUCUACAUACUGUCCUAUGGAACUUGCAUUUCUUUAUAUCACAGAAGACAAAAUAUUGGGUAGAAUUUGACAGCUGAACAUUGUGAAGUUCUAAAAUGCAUAUAGAGCUCACAGCUUAGAAAAUGGCGUAUCUAUUCAAAAUAUGAAAAGAUCAAUAUUUGCAAGUCAGAGUGUUAUGAGCCACAGAAAGCAUGUAAAAUGCCAGACAUCUCCUAACAACACCUAAUUUUAGAUAAUUCUGAUAAAGGAGUUAUCAGAGUUAGGGAAUGACAAGGGAAAGCAAUUGCUGAAAACAUCUGGUGUAGGAAUCUCUUUUAUCAGUUAUAUCUUUAUGAAAGUUUGUUGUUAAACUAAGAAAAAAGAUUGCCAUGGGGAGUGGGUAUGCCUAUUCCACAAAAGGACGCCAUUGUAGGCAAAGUCAAUAGCAAACACCUAUUUUAUUAGACAACAAAUAGGUGAUUGCUACUUGCCAUUCAUUAUUUACACAUUAAGAACAACAGUAAAAGAAUUAAGAGUUUCUGGAAGUCUGGUGAGCACCAAGUAGGUGUCCAUAACCACACUAAUGCCCAUAGUCACUUUUCAGUCUUAUCAACAGUAGUAUCUUCUGCUGGAUCACAGAAAGCUUACUAGAAAAGCAGCAAAAUCUGCUAAAAAAUCUGGAAGCACGAUUCAACAGUGCACAUAACUCAUUGUUGGACAAAGAUAGAUGAUGAUGAUAGAUAGAUAGAUAGAUAGAUAGAUAGAUAGAUAGAUAGAUAGAUAGAUAGAUAGAUAAUAGAGAUGAUGUAUAUUACUAAGAGCACUGAAUUCUGUAAAUGAAAUAAGUAGAUGAUAUAGUAUAAAUAAUUAGGAUGAACUAUGUAUUAGAAUAGAAACCCCAAAGGUGGUUUUGGCCUUGGUGAUCCCAUCUUUGGCCAGUCCACACAUACUGCAAAACUAGGUUAUGUAUCACCUAGUUUUUGACUGUAUAUCCAUGUAUUUUGAUUAGCUAUGCAUCUUUGUUUUGCAUUAUUCUGUGGUGCCAUUAUUAAUGUAUAAGGGGAUAAAAAUCAAGUAGCCAAUACACAAGAGUAUCAAUUAUAUUUAAUAAUGAUUUCUUUAAAAAUCUGCUUUUCAGAGGUAACCUCAGUCAUUGUAUAAUCACACUGCUUCCAUGUUUCAAGCUUCAUCUUAAUUAGAAAAAAAUGUGUCACACAAUCAGACUUUUUAUAGCAGCUCUAAGAUACGGAUUUGAGAGAAGAGAUGAAGGUACAAUAAACCAAAUCUUUCUUAUAUUCCAUUCUAUUUCAUUUGAUUUUCAGUAUAGAAUUGCAGAAAGAGUACAGUCCCAUUGCAUUAAUAUUGUUGAUGAAGUUGUUUGAUAGGAUACUAAAUUAUGUAUCUUGAUAUAAAGCAUCCUUUCCCAAUGUAGCAUAUACCAGAUGGAUUGGACAUCUGGACAUCUAGAUUAUUUAAUUCCAGUAAUCCCAAAACAAUGUUAAAUCAAACAUAUUUAGAGGGAAUCAACCUGGGAAGAUUGCUUUAAAACAGAAAAUAGUCUAUAUUGUGAAACAUGAAAGCCAUAGAUUUAUUUUUUCAAGAAGAAUUUCUGUAUGUAAGCACAAUCAUUUGUUACUAAUCUGUUUUAUGAGGAUGAUUUUUCUAAAAAAAAUCUGUAAAAGUAUUUUAAAAUGUUAUUUUAUAAUUAUGCAUAUUUUUGUAACGUUCACUGCAGGUUUUCUCCACAUGUAUAUGACUUAAACCAAUUAUAAAUAUAACUUGAUGUUUAUUUUAAAUGUAUAUAUGUUCUUUUGUUUUUAAAUGUACUUUAAGAAACCUUACAAUGGACGAAAUUCUCUCUUAUACUAUUAAAUCUCUGUGUUUUAGAUUGUAAUUUGUGUAAUUUUAAAUCAAGGACUGAUUAAUACAAAUAUUAAGCUGAAAAUAAAGAUUUCUGUUGUAUAGGCAAAUGUUCAAACAUUUACCUAAUGAAACCUACAAUCAAGGUGGUGUUUACUGUAGCUUCAGAGGCAUGCACAAGCACUCACUGCUUUCCUUAGAAAGAAAGAAAAAAUCUGUCCAGUAUGUUGCACUAAGCUCAGCCCCUUUGAGACAUGCACACAACAUCAUGAUGCAUGAGGAAGAGGGGCUGGGCUUGCAUCAUGAUGCUUUGUCAUUGGCUCAGGCAACCUAAAUUGUAUGAAUAAAUGUCACACUGGUGCCCCUUCCUUCUGUGUGGAUGCCACACUAUGGCUCCUUAAGUUCACCUUUCAAAGAACAAUCAGUGAGAUGACCUUGCCUCCAGAAGUUCUAUGUGCUCCAACUCUGAAGGUUUUUAAGAAGACAUUAGAAACCAUUGUCUAAUCUGCAAUGGUACAGGGUUUCCUGCCUGAGCAGCAGGGUUGACUAGAAGACCUCCAAAGUCCCUUCCAACUCUCUUAUUCUGUUACUUUUUGCAACUGAAUUUUUUGAAUCUGCUAUCAACUAUAUCUUUGCUAUGGAAUCAGCAGAGAAAUUUGGAUGGUUACAAGAAGGCAAUGGAAAAAUUAAUCCUGUUGUUUUGCCAAAAAAAAUUGCAUGGAUGGGUAAAUGGAACCACCAGGAGUCACAUUCAGUUCAGUGACUUGACUUGCUAGUAAUCCUGUUUCUGUUCAUAUUACAUAUCUUCAUGUGGACAACAGAUAGUAGAGUUGUAACAGAUUGGGAAAUUUUAUAAAUUUCAUAAAAUAAAUAUGCAAUUUAAGCAUUUAUUUAUUUUUUUGCAAAAAUAUAAGUGCCAUUUUGGAGUGUGAAAGAAUUUAGAAGUUAGAAUAACAUCAGGCUACCUAUGUCUGAUGAAUCCCAAUAAAACCAAAACAGUUGUGUUGGUCAAUGAAAACACCACACAGAAUAUAAAACAGAGAAGUUUUAUAAAACCUUGUACAAACAGUGAUGACAUACGCCUACACUAACAAUAAGCCAUAGCUUGAUUUUUGUGGGUGGGCCUAAUAUAAGCCCUAUCCCAAAAAUAAGCCCUAGUUUUGGGCCGAGUAGGGGUGGGAGUGUGGAGCUGCCCCACCCGCCCUACACUCACUUACCUUGCAGUCAGGACUCUCCUUGCUGGCCCAUUUCUUCACGGGCUUUCCAGAAGGCCAGUGCAGCCAAGAACCAAACUAUGGAUUCAGUCCAUAGUUCAGUUCUGCAAGACCUCAGCAGCCGAGCACCAAGCUAUGGAUUGAAUCCAUAGCUCGCUACUUGGCUGCUUAGGCCUUCUGAAAAGGCCUGACUACAAAAUGCAAGCCUGAAUGCAGCUGCAGAUCUUUGGCCCCAGAAGAAGUGGACUGGCUGGGUGGGGCUGUUGGUGCUAGAGGUGUGGUAAGUCCUACCCCGAAAAUAAGACCUGGUGCCUCUUUUGGAGGCCAAAAAAAAAAUAAGACCCGGUCUUAUUUUCGGAGAAACGCGGUAUAUAACAUCUGUAUCUCUCUGCUUUGAGUGCUUAAGGAAAGAUAAAUUAUAAAUAACAUUUAAUCUUUUUUUUUCCAAUAGCGUGGCAAUGAUGAUGUAAUCAGAACUGAAAGAGCCAUAAUAUUAGCCUUUGGAAAGUAGGGAAUUAAUAUAUUUUUUACAGUUAAUAUUAAAAAAUGUGUUACGCCUACUGGAAGCUUAAUGCACCUAUUCCUCUCAUUGCCCAUCAGCGUAAUUGAAUAUUUUCUAAUGAACUGGGAAGAGCUUAGGUCUGCAGGUUAUCUACCAUUUCAUUACAUUAUUCCAAGAAGCCACUCAAAUAUACAGAUUUAUUUAAUUCAUCAUUCUGAUGUUCUGCUUUUCUUUUCCAAUUAAAUGCACAUCCAAGCAGCCUGUUCAAGAGGUUUUUUUCAGCCCGGGAGGAUACACAAAGGUAUGCUACUAUAAUUUCCCCCAUUAUCAAAGCAAAUCUCUAUUCUGCCUCAAUAACAAGGCCAGCAAGAGGAGCUGUCCUGAAAGUUUAGUGCUAGGUAAAUAAAGUGUGGUGACUGAAGUAUAUAAGAAGUAAAACAUUAGAGUACUAUUGCAAGAACUGUCCUGUCCUUCUGACAAAGUAUUUCUCAAUUUCUACAGACUUAUUUUAAACUGUGUGCAUUGCAUUUUUGCAUGAAGUAUUAUUCUUCUCAUCUGUCCUAUUACCUACUCCUAUUGGUAUCUUAUGGCUAUCACUUUGUUGGUUGUAUGUACAUUGAAAGCUUAUGCACCGGAGAUAAAACCCAUAUGUGUCCUAUUAAACUUGACCAAGAAAGAAUAUUGUGUUCUUUAAAAAUAAAAAGUAUAGAAAGAUUGAUCACAAACACAUAUCUCCAAAUUGAAUGAAGAAUUGUGGCACUGAAAUAAGAGAAGUACCUCUAAGGAUAUAUUUUGCUAUACAGUUCCAGAAAUAAGAGGAAAGCAAGAAAGUACUGCAUUGUUGAUGGGCAUAGAAAAAGGAAACUGAUGGAUCUAAAUAAGAAAUGAUCAUCAACAAACAUGUUUUGAGAUAUAGAAUAUUAGAGAAGAAAGAGGGGGACUUCCACCCCAUCCUUAUAUUAAUGGAAGUGGUGAAUUAAAAUUUCUAUGGAGGAUCAAAAUAUAUGGUACUGAAAUAAAUUUAUAAACUUGAAUGCUAAAAUUUAACUUUGGACAAGUUUAAGA